ACAAGCAUCACAUUGACAUUGGCCGAUUGGACUAAUUUUUGAAAGCCCCACUCCGACCUUUGCCGAGGCGGUCUGAGUGGAGUCUUGCGCGAUAUGUACUCCGGAUAGUCAAGCAAUCAACAGUACCGGACCGCAUGCAGCGUACGACAUCAGUUCCAAAGAUUAGUGCUUUCCGCUACCAUACAAGAACGCAGCCAUGUCCUCAUCAGCAGUUGUACAUAAGAGCUUCCUUUCAGACUGUCUCUAUUCUAUCUUUUCUCAAAGUUUUUUUGCCAUUUUUGAUUCCCUUGUCCCAACGUGAGAUUGAUUAUUGUCUUAAAGGUACGGUGGGCCGGAAGAGGCUUUUGCUCAUUUGCCAGCUCGAGGGCCUUGGUGAGCACUGAUUUAUGUAAGAAGAAGGCCUGGGGCCUUCUUUCGUAGGAUUUGAGUCAAAGAAAGAAAGAAAGAAUAAGGGAAAUCGCAUGAUGCAAAAGUCAUGGCUUGUGUUGCUCGCUACUUGCCUUGGCUUGCAGGGGACAGCAGCGCUGACGCUCCACCGAAGAGACUCUCCGGCUGUUGUAUCGUUGGAUAUCAAACGAAAUAAUGCCGUCGACCCUGUGGCUAGAGAUCGGAUGAGACGGAAGCGCGACAAGACCGUUGAGCAGAAUCUUGACAAUGAGGAAACGCUAUAUUUCUGUAACAUAACUUUAGGCACACCAAAGCAAAACCUACGGUUGGUUCUCGAUACAGGAAGCAGUGAUCUUUGGUGCAAUGCAGCGAAUUCUACGCUUUGCUCAUCUAGAGAUAAACCGUGCAACGCCUCAGGGUCUUACGACCCAGGUUCAUCUUCAUCAUAUGCUUACGUAUCUUCGGAUUUCAACAUAUCGUACGCUGACGGCACUGGAGCCGCCGGUGAUUAUGUUACUGACACUAUCCACAUCGGAGGCGCUACCGUCAAGGACUUUCAGUUUGGGGUGGGUUACUCGUCUAGCUCCGCCGAGGGUGUUUUGGGAAUAGGAUAUACAACGAACGAGGUCCAGGUUGGCCGACUUGGUAAAAGUGCCUAUGCAAAUCUACCUCAAGCUAUGGUCAAAAACGGUCUAAUCCAAUCAAAUGCUUAUAGCCUUUGGCUCAAUGACCUGGGAGCAGAUACUGGCUCGAUUUUGUUUGGUGGCGUUAAUACGGAGAAGUAUCAUGGGGAACUAGAAACUUUGCCGAUUCAGACCGUCAAUGGGGUCUAUUCGGAGUUCAUAAUCGCACUAACCGGUGUCUCAUUGAGCUCGGCAUCAAGUCACCAUAAUUAUUCAUCUUCUGAUGCUCUCCCAGCCGCAGUCCUGCUUGACUCGGGGAGUUCUCUGACAUAUCUUCCAAAUUCCAUUGUGCAAGACAUCUAUAAUGAUCUGGGUGUCACAUACGAGUCAUCCAGCGGUGUUGGCUACGUGCCAUGUACCCUGGCACAACAAAAAAUUAAUGUGACCUACACCUUUUCGUCACCUGCUAUUACAGUUGGGAUUGAUGAACUCGUUCUAAAUGCAGGUGAUUUGCGAUUCCGGAAUGGCGCACGUGCAUGCAUUUUUGGCAUUGUACCAGCUGGAGAUAGCACUGCCGUUCUAGGGGAUACGUUUCUACGCAGUGCAUAUGUUGUAUAUGAUCUAUCCAACAAUGAAAUUUCCCUCGCCAAUACAAAUUUCAACUCUACCCGGGAUAAUAUCUUGGAAAUUGGAACUGGCGACGGUUCCGUUCCUGGAGCCACCCAAGUUUCAAAUCCCGUCACAUCUGUUGUGGCCGAUGGGUCUGGUGCCAGGAUCGGGGGUCCAACUGCUGAGAUCUUUACUGAUCUACCUUCAGCAACAAGUACCGGCGGCGCUGCGACACCUGCCGGGCCAACAAAUGCCCCGAAGCACUUGGUCUUUGGCGCAGCGGCAAUUGGAUAUGUGCUCGCUUUUUGAUGUAGAUGGAUAUUCACCAGCAAAUGUCUUAUGUCUUUCGCUUAACUUUAUGCUUCCUAAGCCCACUGGCUACAUGCUACAUGGUGAUACCCUAGAUACUAGCUCGCUUACUACUUUUUUGCCCUUUUUUUUUUUUUUUCUUUCGAGAUCGUUUCGUUUCUU